AGACUUUGCUUUUCCCUGUUUUGGAAGUCUUCUCCUUUAACAACAAACCCAGAGAAUUUCUGAGGGAAAUUUGCAAGAAAAAAGAAUAUGGGAAACAAUACUGGAUUAUUUGAUCUGGAAAAGCACUUUUCUUUUUAUGGUGCAUACCAUAGCAACCCAAUAAAUAUAGCAAUCCACAUGUUAUUUGUUUGGCCAAUUUUCUUCACUGCAAUCCUCCUCCUCGACUUCACUCCUCCUCUGUUUAAUCUCACUCAGAUUAAUUUCUCUCUGUUUGGGAUCCAAGUUCCGUUGGUUUUCAACUUUGGGUUCUUGUUAGCUUUGAUCUACGUUGUGGUUUACGUGUGUUUGGAUUUCAAAGCUGGAACCUUGGCAGCCUUCCUUUGUGGGGUUUGUUGGAUUGUUAGCAACUUUCUCGCAACUCGGCUUGGCUUUUCUCUUGCUUGGAAGGUUGUUCUUGCGGUUCAAGUUUGCUGCUGGAUUGGACAGUUCAUUGGCCAUGGAGUCUUUGAGAAACGAGCUCCGGCUUUAUUGGAUAACCUUGUUCAAGCCUUUGUAAUGGCUCCCUUCUUUGUGCUGUUUGAGGCUCUUCAAACCUUGUUCGGGUACGAACCCUACCCGGGGUUUCAUGCAAGUGUUCAAGCAAAGAUCGAAACCGAAAUCGAUGAAUGGAAAGAGAAGAAGCAGAAGUUGCUUCAUUAGAUUCUGCAUCCAUUGGCAUUAGCUUGCAGGUGAGUUCUAUGAGCGGAAAACUCAAAACAAAAUCGUAUCAUACACAUUCUGAAACAGACCGUUACAGCAGUUUUAAUUAAUAAUGCAUUUGUUGUCAAAAGGAGUAAUCUCGUAUUGUCAUUAUGAACAGAGUUUAGAAGCAUUCACUUGUUAGGAAUCCGAGUUGAUUGCUUGCGAAAUUCAAAGUAAUGAUAUAUUAUCAUUUGGA